UCUGUGACAGAAAAAGUACCAAUAAAAUAAUUUCCAGGAGGUCUUAAAUUUUUGCAAAUGACUAUAGGCCUACUGCCUAACUACAACCAAAAGCCUUGCUGAGGGAUGAGCACGGGAUGGGCUACUCCCAGAAUUGUGAAGCACACAUACCGUGACACAUAUCUGUUGGACGGAAGGUUUCCGUCCAGGCCCAGUCCUCCGAACAUAUUACGGUUGGUGACCAGUACAAUAAUGUAACCCCCUUGCCAUGGGUGCGAUCUUGUCGCACAACAUUUGUUGCCCAUGAAGGAAUGUGCACACAGCCCAUGGAGUCGAGGUUGCCAAUGAUGUGAUGUAUCAUAUGUCUUUGGACUGGUCACCGUCUCGAUUAUAUACGUUUGGAGGACUGGGACAGGAGAGGAACCAGUCUUCCGUGGCAAAGGACAUGCGCCACAGUAUGCAGCACAAAUGUGUGGAUCGUUUGUUGAAGAGAGUGAAGAAGAAAUCACGCUUCACGCUUCCACAGAAACAACAGACGCUCUGCUGAAACCCUCGUCUAGGCAGCUGGCGCUUUUCAAGAAUGGCGGAGGCCAACAAAUCUCCGGUCAAGGACCAAGGAAGGAGAAAGACCAUCACAGCACCAGAUGCUCCGUUCCUUCUCAGCCUGCCUCGCCGGUUUGCCUACGGUGUAGGCCAUGUCCUCAACGAUCUGUGUGCCUCCAUGUGGUUUAGUUACUUGCUUAUCUUCUACCAUAAAGUUUUAGCAUUCGGUAAUGUGAAUGCUGGUUACAUGUUGCUGAUUGGGCAGGUGAGCGAUGCCCUGUGCACGCCUCUCAUCGGCUACGAGUCUGACAGAUCCCUUGGCUGCCGCUACGGCAAGCGAAAAACCUGGCACCUGUUGGGCACCAUCUGCGUCAUGAGCACGUUUAUCUUCAUCUUCAGCCCGACCCUGGGCCCCACCGACACCAGUGAGUGGGCCAAGGUGAUCUAUUUCACUCCGUUCAUCGUCAUCUUCCAGUUUGGCUGGGCUUCCACGCAGAUCUCUCACCUGUCCCUUAUCCCUGAACUGACCAAUGUGGCCACCGAGAGGGUGGCCCUCAAUGCGAUUAGAUAUUCAUUUACUGUGUUUGCCAACAUCUUUGUUUAUGGCAUUUGCUGGGUGCUUUUAAACUCAACGGAUUCGUCAGUCCUGUCGUCAGCUGAUGUUCCCCAGUUCAGGUACCUUGCCGUAAUUGUGGUCGGGACAGGGGCUGUCUUCUCCCUGAUUUUUCACUGCGGUACCCAAGAGCCGAAGGAGUCGCGCACAUCAACAAUGCCCUGCUGCAUCGUCAACAAGAUGAAGUUUGGCCAGAACCAGGAGCAGUGCAAUAUGUUGUGGAAGGACUGGCUAUUUGAAUCCCAGUUCUAUCAGGUUGCGCUGAUAUACAUGUCCAGUCGGCUGAUGGUCAACAUCUCCCAGGUGUACAUUCCCAUGUAUGUGACGGAGACCCUCGGAUUGAACAAGACCACGAUCGCUCUCGUCCCACUCGUGAUUUACGUCUCUGGUUUCACAGCAUCAUUUCUGGCUGGCUUGGUUAACAAAUACUUGGGCAGAAAGCUGACGUACUUCAUCAGCGUGCUGGUGUUCCUGGGCGGCUGUGGCUGGCUGUACGUCCCUGAUAUUGGCUUUCAGGUCUACGGUGCUGCCUGCCUGCUGGGGGCAGGGGGCUCCACGCUGCUGGUGACAUCCUUAGCCCUGACGUCAGAUCUCAUCUCGCACAACACAGAAUCAGGUGCCUUCGUGUACGGUGCCAUGAGCUUCACCGACAAGCUGUCCAAUGGCAUAGCUGUCAUUGUCAUCCAGUAUUUUCAUCCCUGUGUAAACUGCUGUCCAGCUUGCAAGUCGUUCUACAAGAAUGUCCAGGUGUUUGUCCCUGGUGGGGCAGCCGUGUUGGGGCUAGUUGUUCUUCUGACGUUGCUCCCUGUGACUGUAGGCACCAGAAAGAAACCACCUCGGUCGUAUUGCAAACUCCGCGAUACGGAAGAGGAUACCGACAGCGAGAUUGAGCAGUGCGACGAGUGCAAACGACUGUUUGGGGUCAACUCCAGCUCUUCGGAUAUUGACAGAUACGGGUCUGUCCAUUCCAUACAAGAAGGAGGUGUCAGCUCAAGUGAUACCAGUACUGCUUAGACAGAAGUAAAAACAAAAAGAAGGAUGCCACCCCGACGUAUAUCCGUAAAACAGUUUUAGGACAGGUGAGGCAAGUAGAUGAAAUGCAUCAGGCCAUUGUGCUUUGAGUCAGGAGUGAAACAGGACACUCUGGAUGGCCGGCUUGCUGGAUAGUGUUCUUAUUUAUAGAGGAUGUAUGUUAACCACUUAGCGCCCGGGAUCCAGGUACCGGAGAUGUUGGCUUUUUACGCAUAGCCGGGCUGCCCCGAAAUUGGACAACAGGAACUGGGUCUUGUAACAAUAGACCAGACUCGGAACAAAAGGCUCAGCUUCUGGGAAUUGCCAAAAAUUUUCAACACAGAAUGCUGGCAUUUUCGGAGGUAAUCCAUCAUUGUUUUGAAACAGUAUACCACUGUU